GCCCGGCCGCCGUCCUUCCUCCUCCAUCCCUGUGUACGGGUCCCAUAGGGAGCGCCGAUCCCUCCUCCUCCUCCUCCUUCCCCCGCCCAGCUGUCAGUGUCAGGACAGACAUGGGGGAGAUCCCGAACCUGGUGAAGAUCGCGGUCUCCCUGAAGAUCCAGCCCAAUGACGGCCCGGUGUAUUUUAAGGUGGACGGACAGAGGUUCGGCCAGAACCGGACCAUCAAAUUACUGACCGGGGCCAAGUACAGGAUCGAGGUGGUGCUGAAGCCCGGAGCGCUGAAAGCAACGAAUAUAAACUUAGGUGGAACCAUCAUUCCGCUGGAGGAGAAAUCCAGAGACCCGCAGGUUGUCUGUUACACAGCUUUCUAUGACACGGAGGGAGUGACCCACACCAAGAGUGGGGAGAGGCAGCCCCUGCAAGUCAUCAUCCAGUUUGAAGACAUUGGGAGUUUUGAGACGGUUUGGCAAGUAAAAUUCUACAACUACCAUAAAAGAGAUCAUUGCCAGUGGGGCAACAGCUUCAGCAGCAUUGAAUAUGAGUGCAAACCCAAUGAGACCCGAAGCCUGAUGUGGAUCAAUAAAGAGAUGUUCCAUUGAAGCCAACUAAGCUGGACAUUUUUUUUUUAAUGAGCUAAUCAACCCGACCAGCACAAUGAGCCAAUUAAAGCCACAUAAUAGUGUAUAUAACAUAUCAGGAGCUAAGAGGAAUCCCAAUGGAUUAGUGUUUACUUUAAAGUGGAGUCUCUUGCACAGAGUGGAGGCGGUUAUGUUGCUGGGAGCCAAUAGUGAGGACAGUUCAGUUCAUCAACCCACCAGUGACAUCACUGGUAAGUUGGGGUUUCCUACAGUGUUCAGUAUUAGUUCCUAGUGAAUUUAAAAUGGCCAACUCCACUCUGUAUUGGCAAUCUGUACACUUUAAAUGACUGAAUAUUCUUUACGAAAAUAUGUUUAUCAUAUGUUAUGUUUACAUCAGUGUAGUAGAAUAUGUAUUAUUUUUGUAAAAUAUUGUGCGUUUAUUGUAAUUGCUGCAUAGAUUUAGAACAUUCAAGGGUGAUUUGUUAAUGGACUGCCAAAUUAGUGAACUUGUUGUCUUUUUGGCUCUUUCAGAUGGCUGGUGAACCAUAUCAGAGAAGUGCAGUUGACAAAUGUAGUAUUUUUAUUAGUAUUAGUCCAUGUUUGACUGGCUAUUUUCACCUCCAACAUGAACAAAGUUGUCAUUGAAGGACACUUAAAUAGGCAUCACCAUUUAUUGGGAAGCGUCCAUGUGUAUGUGCAAUUUCAUCAUCGGUGAAUAAGCCCUUAAAAAGCUAAUCCAGUUGAAAAGAAUAUCUGUUUUUUGUAAAUAUCCCUUAGCCUCAUUAAGUGCUUAAAGUGAAUACAAGAUAACUGAUUGGUAGCCAUUAGAAAAACACCCUUUUAGUAUUUUACCUAUUUUAAUUUUAGGUACCAGAAAAAGUCUCAGAAAUGAAAAUAUCUUAAAGAA